AACUUGGUCUCUUUCUUUCCUCUCAUCUCUGCCUCCAUCCAUUAAAUCUUACAAAAUCAAGGUCUUUGUCACUCAUAUUUAUACUGCCUUUAAACUAUUGAUGGGCUGAUAUUGAUGUAUGAUGUGUGGAUAGUUUGGCUUUUCAUCCUGGGUUUGAUAGAUCUUCUGAAAGUAAUUUAAUAUAAAAAUUCAACCAGAUGGAUGUCCUGAUUAGUGUUUUAAUCUUGGGUUGCUGAGUGUCUUUUGAAAAAAUUUAUCUUGGUUUGCGUUGGGAAGUUGUUUGGUAAUUGACCUUGAGUUUAGAUUUUGCAGCAUGUGACAGUGAUUCCAAGGAUGAGUAUUCUGCUUUACAGUAUUAUAGGAGAAAAAUCUAGAAAGUGUUGAAGAUUCGUUGGGAAUUUUCACUUACACAGUUUUCACUUUGGAAGCUUUCUAGAGAGAGGUCCUCUGUUUAUCCAUUUUCCUGAGACUUGGAGCAUCAGAGGAAAUUUGAGGAGGACCCCCAGGCUUUGAAACCAGACUUUGUGUCAGUUCAAGUCCUGACUCUGCCACUUAACUCUUUAUCUCUCCUUGCCUUAAUUUACUUAUUUGUAAAAUGGGUAUGAUUAAGUAUCUGCCUCAUAAAGCUGUUGUGAAGCUGUCGCUCACUUAGAACAGUGUCUGGCACACAGGAAGCACUCAGUAAACUAACAGUUGUUAUUCCUGAAGCGUCGACUUUAUGUGAAGAUGAGUGGGAAUAUAUUGCUUUUAUAUUAAGACAUGCACCUUUAUUAGGAAUGGAAUACACUCUUCAAAUCAUUUAUAGCAUUUCAACAGUAAGAGAGACUGGAGGCAAAUUUUAUGCUUGUGCUGGGUGUCCCCUUAGGCCAUCUGGUGGCGGAUUCUUUACUGCGAGGCCUUUUCUGGGGGAAAAAAAAAAGCCCUUUGAAAGACACUACCCAUUUACUCUCCUCACCAGACCUUUGCUAAUAUUUGUCUCCUUCUCAGCCUAGACAGAUCUCUCCCAUAUGUAGUACAGCUGGCUCAGAAACCCGUCUGAGGUGUCCGCAGACCAGCAGAGGAAUGAGCUUGAGCGGCACCAACCGUGGAUGCACUUUUCAGGGGGAAAAGUAUAGUUCGUUUUUUUGGGAGUUGUCCUUUCCUUUAAUACUAUACUUCCUUUAACCACAACAACAACAAAGCUACGAUUCUCAAUAGGCUACUCACAGACACUUGUUUCAGGCAGGUUUCGUUGGCCCGCAUCAGUAAUUUAAAAGACAUUGUAAUGAGGAAAGAUUGAUGCUUUAGUCACAGAGGAGCCAGCCUAUCAUCUCUCCUCUUCGUUUGGUGCCUGUGAAGGGAAGGAAAAAUUCCUCCUCCACCCUUCAAGGCCUUCCGGGGGACUAAGAAGUAAAUUUACAUGAGAUGGAUUGACAGAAAAAAAGGUUUACUACAUGUGCACAGAGGCCCAGUAAUGACCUGGUCACCUAAAGAAAUGACCACGAUAGGCAGUUUUUAUAGUUUUUAGACAAAAAGACAAUAAAUCUGUAAGGAGCUGACAGGACAGAGAAAACUUAACUUCAGGAGCUUUUCUUAGUAAGGAAUUCUAAAGAGAAUUUGGGGGGGGAGUAAGUUAGUAAAAAGUCACAAGGGUUGUUUAUACAGCCUUCUUGGCUCUAAAUCCCCUGUCUCUGGAGAUAAGGACGUCUCUGCCUCCCAAUACCGGGAGGCUACCUCUCACAGGGGAGGUUUAUUUAUUUCCUGCUUAGGGGGGUGGGGGACAGUGGAGGAGGGUCAGAGUGUUCUUGACCAGCCAUCUCUUAAGUAACUUGUAUUUGCAAUAAUCAGUGUGCCAAAAUGGCACCUUUCGGAGCAGCCGGUCCCUGGGCCCUACACCUGCCCGGCACGUGUGGCCCCAUUGAUGCUUUGUUGUUUCCUCUGUCUAUAAAGAGUCGUUCUGAACCUGUCUCUUUUUGAUGGGAAGUUUACAACUUUUCAGUGUGAUUUCUCAAAACCAUGCUUAAUCAGAGAACCUGGGUCCCACUAAGACAGAAAAUAGCUCAUAUCCCCCCUGCCCGAAAUGCUCACUUGCUCUUUUGUGUUUUUUAUCUAUUUAUUCAUUUACUGGUAUCCAGUUCAGUUUUGAAUGACCUUUUCAUAGGUCAAAAAUAGUUGAAUAGCAGCAAUGUUAUUCAUGGUAACGAUUAAAGGACUUAAGAUUUAUAGAAAUCUUGGAAGUGUUUUUACUGCUGUAGCAUUGAAAUAAAAAUAAUUUCUUUUGUGGCUAAAGAUUAUAAUAAUACAUUCGUGCCUGUGGCCAUUAGUUAAAACCUAAAAUAGUCUAUUGUCAUAGAAUAUCUGACAUACAAAAACACCAGUAGUUCAUGUCAACUUCAGUAAAAGAUGUCUUUGGUUUUAUUGGAAAGAAAUGUUACUGUCAUAACUAAAAUAUAAAGUAAAAUAAGUACAGUGGAAAUGGACUUUGAACUAGAAUAUGAAAACUAGUGUCUGAUUUGUGGCAGACAGAACUCACCUGACAAUUAAGAAGAUAAUUUUAUUCAGGCUAUUGCAAAAAGGAGAAUGUUCACUAAUGGAAUGCCUCUCAAAGAAGAAGGGGAAAACGUGAGUUUUUACCAAACAAGGGAGUCAGUGAAGAAGCCAAGAGUCAAAAUGAAGGCUUGCUUUGAGGUGUUAGAACAAUUAUACAAGAAGGUACUUCUGGGAGCCACACUUGAAAAUGAGAGCCACGAUUACAUCUUUUAUCUCAACCCAGCAUUUUGGGGUCAAGAUUGCCCUACAGCCACUGCUUCUGAAUGCUUCCAUCGUCAUGGUGUCCAAGGCAGGCCCCAGCCACCCCGUGCCAAGUCGGCUGCCAUUCCUGUGGCGUCUGUGUGUUUGGAGAGACCCUCGGGGAUGCGCAGCGCCCGGGAAGUAAUGCUCCUUCAGCUAACAGUACUCAAAGUGAUGGUAACCCGGCUACUGUCUGCUGAAACUGACUCCCACGCAAAGGCAACAUACCGAGAUAUCAUCAGAAUUCUUUUAAAAUCAUCUGACAUUGAUUCUACAUUAACCUGUAUGUUCCAAAACUCGGAUAAAUUGUUAUGUCACAUGGCUGCGAAGUGCCUUGCACUGCUUCUGUAUUUCCAAAUGAGAGAAGAGAUAGCUUUAAGUAGUUCCUGGAUUGCUUUUUGCCAAACAAAUCUUUCUGAAUACCCUGAAAAUGAGAAAGCAGUAUACUGCCUCUGGACCCUGACUUUUAUAAUAAAAGAAAUCCUUAAAGACACAUGUUCGCAAAAAGCAGAAAUUUUAAAGCAGUUCCUGACUCCUUUUGACACUGUUUUGGAAGUUUUUUACAAUUCCUUAUUUUCUCAGCAUUUUGAAAGCUGCCAAGAUACCUCAAAAAUAAUAAACAGCUUGAUAGGUUUCCUGGAAUUGCUUGAAUUUCUUACAGCUUCCAGAAUCCAUCUGAAGCUACAUUUCACUUGCCAGAGGAUUUUCUUUUUGAAGCCUUCUUGUGUGCUAGGUGUAGUCACCUGGCCUGUUCAGGCUUUUGUCAAAAGGCAGUUCAUCAUUUUCAUCAAAAAGUGCCUUCUCUGGAAAGUGGGUGAAGAUCUGCGUGGGGGGUCUGGCCCUGCCCUCAUGCCCCCAGAUCAGCACUUAGAUGCAGACAUGUUGGCUUUAGCCGAGGCUGUGUUGCACGCUGUGGAUGUGGGCUUACUGAGGACCCUGUCUGUCCAUGGAAAACCUCCCUGCUUCGGUGGAGAGGAAGUUCACCCUGCACGUGAACGUGUCCCCGGUGCAGAUCACGUAAUCCUCAGGGCAGCAAGCCUGCUGAUCAUUAAAUCCUUAGAAAUCAAGUUUCAAAACUGUGUUUCAGCAAAUGAAAUGAAAGUUGAUUUACAGAAUUUCAUGGCUGAGUUACUGACCUUCUUAAAGCCUCACCUUCAGCCCCCCCUUCAGUCACACAAUCCAUGUGAAUGGAUCUCCAGGGUCUUCAUAGAACAAGAUGACGACAUGCUGGAGGCCGCCAGGGCAUCGUUGGGCAUCUACCUAAAGUUGAUCGGAGAAUGUAAAGCUACUGAAAGCUUGACCCAAGAAACAGAAACGUGGAAGCAUCACACACAUGAAUAUGGCUAUAACCCACACUGCGUUUUCGUAUUCUUGCUGAAAAAUAUAGGAUUUGAUCCUUCAGUUCUUCUUGACUUUUUGAUUUCUUCGGAAACCUGUUUCCUUGAAUAUUUUGUUAGAUAUUUAAAAUUACUACAAAAAGACUGGACUAACUUUUUCACGAUCUGCAAGUAUUUUGACGUGACCGAAUCUAAAAAUAACAGAAGUAUUUGUGCUCGCAGCCGCCCAACAGAACUGAGCCCUUCGGCUGCCCUUCGUCGUCACAGAAAUGCUCGCGCUUCCGCCUCCUGGGCUUCCGAUGCCUCUGCCAAACCUCCAAGCCAGCCCGGCACGUGCAGGGAGACGUCAGCCAUGCUCCAGGCUGAGAGCCCGUCUCCCCCACGAGCUUCCCAAAGUCUGGUAGAUUAUGAGAGCUCUGGGGAUUCUGAGGUGGAAGGCACAGACCAGUGUUCAGCGAACAGUAUACAAGUAUCUUUGCACCAAGAACCAAGGAAGAAAUUUCAGGACACGGUUGGAACAAGUGGGGAUAAAACAGAACUGAGCCUGGAGCCUCCGUCAAGGCCUCUGGUUCCCAAACAGCCUCAUACUCCCUUCUCCGCUGAUUCUGAUACAGCCCCAGAUGACGUCUCUGAAGUGGGCAUGUCUUACAGAACGCUGAGGUGCUUUCAAGAGCUGCAAGGUGCUGUUGACCGCUUGCAGAAGAAAAACCUCUUCCCAUAUAAUCCCACAGCACUUUUAAAGUUGUUAAAACAUAUUGAGGCAAUAUAUAAUGAGAGUAUGGACGCUUUGUAAAACUGUAGCAUUUUAUUACAGGAGCUGUUCUUCCCUAAUAUAAAUUUUGCCUUAAUGAGAGAAUAGUAAAAAAACAACAACAAAGAAACAAACAAAACACCCUCACAAGCAUUCUCUAAAUCAAGCCUGUUCUUUUUGUCCUUCCGAAGUAUCCUAGUGACUGACAAAUAUACAUCAAAUGACAAGUCGCCUGAUACAGUUGUACGUCACUUUAAAUGUACCGGGUUCAAAUUUGGGAUGGUUGUUCUGUUAGUUUGCUAGGGCUGCUAUAACACACCACCACAAAGCUUGGUGAUCCCGACAAGACACAUCUAUUCUCUCACAGUUCUGGAGACUAGACUUCCAUAAUCAGGGAGUCAGCAGGGCCAUGCUUUCUCCCGAGGCUCUAGGGAAGAAUCCUUCCCUGCCCCUUCCUGUCCCACCACGCUUGCUGGCAGUCUGUGGUCUCUGGCCUGGAGCUGUGUCCCUCCAGGCUCUUCCUCUGUUGUCACAGGUUUUCCCAGUAUGUGUCUAUCCAGUCUCCCUCUUUGAAGGACACCAAUUAUUGGAUUAGGGUCCGCUGUCAUCAAGUAGGAGCUCAUCUUAACCUACUACAUCAGCAAAGACCGUAUUUCCAAAUAAGGUCACAUUCAUAGGUUCUGGGUAGAUGUGAAUUUGAAAGUGACACUGUUUAAUCCAGUAUUAUUUAUUAUUUCCCUCUGAGGUCUUUACAUGUAAUAUAUAAACUCUCAGUGAUUAUCUCUCUGUAUGGUCUUUUCUGUGAAAAUGAGUCCAUUCUUCAAAACAGACUUUUCAAUCACUAGAUCAUUUUCCUAUUUAAAAUCACUGUGAGGUGCACCUGGGUGCCUCAGUGGCCGAAGGGUCCAACUCGCUUUCAGCUCAGAUCAUAAUCUCACAGUCAUGAGAUCAAGCCCUGUGUCAGGCUUAGUACUCAUUCAUGUGGAAAUGGAAAGCUCAUGGAACUAAAUAGAGGACUGCUAACUGAGACAGCAAUGAGAUGCUCAUGUUAACCAGAUGGAAUGCAGAGGGCAGGGGGCGCCUGGGUGGCUCAGUUAAGCAUCUGACUUGGUUUUGCCCCAAGUCAUGAUCUCACGGUUCAUGGGUUUGAGCCCCAUUUCUGGCCCCAUGCUGCCUUUGUGUAGCCUGCUUAGGAUUCUCUCUCUCCACCUCUCCCCUGCUCACACUCUUUCUCUCUCAAAAUAAAUUUUUAAAAAGAAGAAGAAAAAUCCACAGGUCAAAAAUUUGCUAACAGUUGGUAUACAAUGGGGCAGUUCCUACAUAAUUUAAAAAGCACAUUAAAGAAUGUAUAUUCAGAGAUGUUCGAUGCAUAUUGUUUGUAAAAGAAAAAAGCAGAAAUACCUGGAUAAAUAAUAUAUAUACUCUAUAGGAUACUUUGUGCUUGUGGAAAGAGUGGGCUAUAUCCAUGUUUGCAGAGAUGAAGUAUCUGCAGGAGAAAACAAGGGUUAUAUGGGGCUCCCAUCUGUUUAAGAAAUGGGAACAGGACGAAUACACUUAUACAUUUAUAUAUGCUUUUGUGUGUUUAUGAGCUACUUCUAUAAGAAUAUAAGAGUCCUAACCGGUUGCCAUGGGAAACCAAUCUAAAGGGGAUUUGACUUUUCAUUAUCUUUUUUUACUCUUUUAUUUAAUUGUUUUUAACUGGGUACAUAGUUUUGUUUUUGUUUUUAGUGAAAGUAACUUUUUUAAAGAAAAGCAAAAAAACCCCAAACGAAUCUUUAUGCUCCUAAGGAUACACACAUGUUGAAUGCCUUGAAAGUCACGUGUGGUUUUGACUGACCUGUGUUUCUCUAUAAAGUUAAUAAGGAGCCAUCAGCCCCUUUUAGAUCUAAAAUGAGGGAAACACAUACGCUGAGUGUUGGUAUUUCAGUCUCUGACCUUUGGGUGUGGGUCAAGUUGUCAAACGCAUGUGGAGUCCUGUUAGUGGUCAAGGUGACUGAUGUUGGCUAUCCUUGGCCAUUCAGAGUACCCAAGAGCUCUUCUGAGUUAGUCCAUAAAAGAACACCAAACUAGUGAUAAUGGCAUGAGGAGUUCCCAGCCCGUGGUCCCACCGCUCAAGUGAACACAUAUGUGUAUCAAAGAAAGCACAAAAUAUCAUGAGUCUAGCUUAUUUUUGUAACUAAAAAUACCAACAGAUAGAGCAGAGUCCACAUUUGAGUGUACGGCUUGAUGUAGUUUCGUAAACAGCAUACCUGUGGAACCUGUGGAACAUCAAGAAACUCCCGACACCCCAGAAGUCCUGCUUGGAUCCCCUUCUGGUCACUAUCCACUUGUAACCAUCCCGAACUGGGAUAGCAUAGACUAAUUUUGCCAGGUUUUGUCUUUUAUAUAAAUGGAAUCAUAAAGUAUGUGUUCUUUUA